AUGGCGGAUACAGAUACUAAAAAAGAUGCCGCUCGCACAAAUGAGCGAGGUAUUCCAUAUGCACCAUUCGUGGAUCGAGUCGAGGAUUAUGUUACUACGAGGGCGGAUGUUGAGCCUACGUUGAAGAGAUUCCAGGAGAUGAUUUCGAAAUAUCAAUUUAUGGAGGUAAAUCAACAAAAGAGAGUCGCCGGGUUGAAAAUCAACAUGCCGGAUAUUCAGAAGACGUUGGAUACGGUGAGGUUUUUGAAAACGAGGAAGGAGGGUGCGGAUCCUAUACAGGCUACUUUUGAGUUGAAUGAUACCUUAUACGCCAAAGCCAAUAUUCCGGCUACGGAGGAGGUUUAUUUAUGGUUGGGGGCAAAUGUUAUGUUAGCAUAUCCGAUUGAUGAGGCGGAGGAAUUACUUUCGAACCGACUCGCGGCUGCGAAACAAAGUUUCGCGAAUUGUGAGGAGGAUUUGGAUUUCUUGAGAGAACAGAUUACGACUAUGGAGGUUGCUACAGCUAGGGUAUACAAUUGGGAUGUUACGAUGAAGAGAAAAGAGAAGAAUGAAUCGGAGGUUGCAGAGGAAAAGGAUGGGAAGCCGGGUAGUUCUAAUGGUUGA